AUGACGACACUUCUCGCCAGGUCCGCUCGAAUUACCCUUCCCACGCGACACCUACUAGCGGCACGCUUGCCUGCUACUGCAGUUCGAAGAUGUUUUUCAGAUCAGACAGCACCGGAUGAUAGUGCUAGCAAAGUCGAAAACUCGGCGGAAAACCUCAAACUCCCCCCGAAACAAAAGGAAAGGAAGACCUAUCCGUUACCCAAGAUUGAGCUCCCGUUUAUGAAAGAGGAUCUGGUUUUCAAUGGCCAGACUAAUCUUACGGCGCCAGAGCCGCUCACGGAUCUCGAUACCCUUCCUCGACGGCACAUUGGACCUGACCCGAAUGAAAUAAAGCAGAUGCUUGAUACCAUCGGCGUGAAGUCGAUGGAAGAAUUCAUUCAUAGCGUUGUUCCAGAGCAGAUCAGGUCAGGUCAAGACUUGAAGGUGUCUCAAAAAUAUGGUCUUUCGGAGACACUGUGGCAGACAAGAUUUAAAGAAAUCAUAGCUAGUAUCACAACGACAUACUCUUUCGUCGGUCAGGGAUACUAUGGAACAAAGGUGCCCGAAGUUAUCAAACGGAAUAUUUUAGAGUGCCCAGAGUGGUACACGAGCUAUACGCCGUAUCAAGCUGAGAUCAGUCAGGGACGACUUGAAUCUCUCAUCAAUUUUCAGACCAUGGUUACAUCCCUUACGGGCCUUCAAAUUGCAAAUGCAUCGGUACUCGACGAAUUGACCGCUGCCGCCGAGGCAAUGACAUUUGCCUAUGCGUGCCUCUCAGCAUCGAGACAGAAAUCAACCAACAAGGUGUUCCUAGUCUCGAAUAAGAUGUUCCCCCAAACAAUCGAUGGGUUAUACCCACGCGCCGAAGGGUUCAACAUCAAAAUAGUUGUAGCGGACCUCGAAACAGCUAAUCUGGACGAACUGAUUGGCGAUGGCGACAUGAUCGGUGCGAUGGUCCAAUACCCCGAUAUUGAUUCAAAUACUGGGAAGUGGCUUCCUAGCUUCACAGAGGAUAUUCAUGCAAGGGGUGGGAUAGUUUGCUGUGGCACUGAUCUAUUGGCCCUCACGAUGCUGAAGCCUCCUGGCGAAUGGGGUGCCGAUGUUGCUUUCGGUAGUGCUCAGCGAUUUGGAGUCCCAAUGGGUCUCGGUGGUCCCCAUGCAGGCUUUUUCGCAACAUCAGACAAGCACAAACGCAAGCUUCCAGGUCGUUUAAUCGGAGCCUCCAAAGAUAGGCUUGGUGACAAAGCUUAUCGUCUGGCCCUUCAGACCCGUGAACAGCACAUUCGACGUGAAAAGGCUACUAGUAACAUAUGUACCGCCCAGGCACUUCUCGCCAACAUGAGCGCUAUGUAUGCUGUUUACCACGGACCCGGCGGGCUCAAGAAGAUUGCGCAGAAGGUUGUUGCUACGAGGCAAAUCUUCGCUCAGGCGUUGUUAGAUAUUGGCUGGCCGCAAGAACUAGUUAAGGAAAGCGAUUUUGAUACCGUACAUGUUGGGUUUUCCGACCCGAAGACCUGGAAAAAGAUGCAAACUCCGUCAUAUAUGUAUGCCGGGGAAUUGAGGAGCCACAAAGAUGGUGAUCAGCAUUGGAUAAGCGUAUCAUUCGACGAAACUACGGAUUGGCAAAGACUUUCCAAGUUAAUCCAACUGUUUAACCACAUUGGGCCUACCAAACGCGAUAUCGCAGCUACGAAGAUUGGAGACGAGGCAGAGGCCAGCGACGAAGCGACCAAAGGCGCAGAGGAAAAAAAGAAGAACGUCUAUUUGCUAGACCAGCACUCUCGCAGUAUCGCCAGAACUGCUACAGAAAAAGUACUGGGAACUGGAAAUAUGGGACAGGUCCGAGCAGACUUUGCCAGAGAGUCAAAAUUCUUGGAACAACCAGUCUUCAACAAAUAUCACUCUGAAACCGAAAUGCUACGCUAUAUACACCACCUACAGUCGAAGGAUUUAUCGCUAGCAAACACCAUGAUACCCCUCGGUUCCUGCACCAUGAAGCUAAACGCUACAUCGGAAAUGAUAGGUCUAAGCUUCCAGAAACUGGGUAAUCUCCAUCCGCUUACCCCUGCACGUAAGCUUGGGUAUUUCCCAGACAUGGUCAAGAGCCUUGAGAAGGACCUCUGUGUGAUUACUGGAUUUGACGCAUGCAGUAUCCAACCCAACUCCGGGGCACAGGGAGAGUUUACCGGGCUUAGAAUGAUUCGAAAUUACUUGAAAUCUAUCGGACAGGGCCAGCGUGACACGCUCCUUAUUCCCGUUAGUGCCCAUGGCACGAAUCCUGCUAGUGCAACGAUGGUUGGCUUCAAGGUCCAGCCAGUCAAAUGUGAUACGAAAACAGGUAACUUGGACCUUCAGGAUUUGAAGGCGAAGGCCGAAAAGCUUGGUGAUAAGCUCGCUGGUGCGAUGAUUACGUACCCCUCAACUUUCGGUGUCUUCGAGCCCGGCGUCAAAGAUGCGAUCCAAAUAGUUCACGAUAACGGAGGGCAAGUUUACAUGGACGGUGCAAAUAUGAACGCUCAGAUUGGAAUCACAUCGCCCGGCUACCUGGGAGCUGACGUCUGCCACCUCAACCUCCAUAAGACAUUCUGCAUCCCGCAUGGUGGUGGUGGACCUGGUGUUGGACCCGUUUGUGUGGCCAAACAUCUGGAACCAUUCCUCCCAUCACACACGGAUAGCUCUAAUGAAACAUUAAGACCGAGUGCAACUAGUUCCAUCGGGCCAGUGUCUUCUGCACAAUACGGAAGUGCCAGCAUCCUCCCUAUCAGUUACUCUUAUAUCAAAAUGAUGGGAGCAGUUGGAUUGAAACAUGCCACUGAGAUCUGCCUGCUGAAUGCUAACUACAUGGCUAAGAGACUGAGCGACCACUAUGACAUUCUUUAUACAAACGAGAACGGCAGGUGCGCACACGAAUUUAUCCUAGACCCCCGACCAUUGAAGGAGACUUCUGGCGUGGAGGCUGUUGAUAUUGCGAAGCGUUUGAUGGACUACGGAUUCCACGCACCAACAAUGAGUUGGCCAGUACCCGGAACUCUCAUGAUCGAGCCAACGGAAAGUGAGAGCAAGGAAGAGAUGGACAGGUAUUGCGACGCUUUGAUUGAAAUCAGAAAUGAAAUCAGAGAAAUCGAAGAGGGGAAGAUGCGUAAGGACGUUAAUGUGCUGAAGAUGGCACCACAUCCUAUGCAGGAUUUGCUGCAGGGAGAGGAGGUCUGGAAGGAUAGGGGAUAUACACGAGAGAAGGCCGGGUAUCCCCUUGAAUACCUGCGUGAAAGGAAGUUCUGGCCAUCUGUGGCAAGAGUGGAUGAUGCUUUCGGCGACACGAAUCUUUUCUGCACUUGCGAUCCGAUGCCCCAGGAGGGAGAUGCUCCAGCUGAGCAUUAA